UCGUAUUUGGGGCGGAACCGGAGCAGUACGCGCCUGCGCAGUGCAGUGUUUUGAUCGUUAGCAUUAGCAACAUGUCUGCCUCCAUGGUGAGGGCGACCGUCCGAGCGGUCAGCAAGAGAAAGAUCCUGGCGACCAGAGCCGCGCUCACGCUGACUCCAGCAGCUGUGAACAAGAUCAGAGUGUUGUUACAGGACAAGCCGGAAUAUAUCGGUUUGAAGGUUGGAGUGAGAACCCGUGGUUGUAAUGGACUGACCUACACACUGGACUACACCAAGGAGAAAGACAAGUCUGAUGAGGAAGUGCUGCAGGAUGGAGUGAGAGUGUUCAUAGAGAAGAAGGCUCAGCUGACUCUCCUGGGAACUGAGAUGGACUUUGUGCAUUCAAAGCUGUCCAGUGAAUUUGUCUUCAACAACCCCAACAUCAAGGGCACGUGUGGCUGUGGAGAGAGCUUCAACAUGUGAGCAUCAUCACGGAGCCUCCGUCCUCCCGCACCACCCCUGCUCCAAAGCUUUCCCCAUCCGUAAAGACUGAGAGACUGAAUGUUGACAAGGAAGUUAGACACGAGGAAAUCUUUUGAGAUGUGGACGUGCCUCCUUUUCCGCUUCUCCCCCUGCAGCCCACACACUGGUUUGAAGCCCAUGUAUGCAUCUCCAUGAUCAGAGGAAGGUUUCAACACAAUAUGUGUUGUUAAAAAACAUCUCAGCAUAACUGAUUUUAGUUUCAGGAACCUUUUGAUGUCAGUGUUUUAGUUCUUGGAUCUACAUUUAAAAAAAGAAGUGUUUUUUUAUUUAGCAACUGUCUGCCAUUUCACACUUAUACGCACAUUAUUUUUAAUAAGUAAAUCUCAGCGGGACUUGUAUGCAGGAGGAAAUGCUCACUGAGGUGAAGAGUUGAUCAGGUUUAACUUGGUAGAUAUAAAAGGAUUGACCAUGAUACUAUUAAAGGAGACGUGUUAUGCUUUUUAGGUUUAUUUUUCCCUCAGCGUGUUCAUGCAGGAGUUUUGUAAAAGAUCUGCACCGUUAAAAAGCUCUAAGUCUGCGAUGAACACUGAAAACAUGCCUCAUCAGCAGUCCUGUGAUGUCGUGUCACAGUCACCUGCAUUCGCAUAAUGCUCCUAGCAGCUAGUUUUGCUCUGCCCUGCUAACACAACCAAGUAAAAGGAGACAGUUCUUACAUGCUGGAGGUUGUUGACCAAUCAGAGCAGACCUGGCUUUAUCCAGAGGGGGGGCUUAAAGUGACAGAGGCUGAAGAGAGGAGCUGCUUUAAUGAACAGCAGGAGAACAGUGAAGUGUUUCAUGAACAUUAGAGAAUAUAAACCAUGUCAAGAAAUGACACAUUCAAUUAUAAACCUAAACCAGAGCGUCAUAUGUCUCCAUUAGGCUGAAAUCUAACCAUCAAUAUCUACAUCAGCUGACAAACAGCUUGCUAAACAUGGGUGUAAGAGGGCGUGCCACUCUUCAGUGUCACAUACCGGCAGAAUACAAACUUGGAGUUUGAGUGUCUUGAAACUGCUUUAUCAGUUUGUAUAUUCUUUGAAAUGUUUAAGUGUAUAUUUAUCUCUAUGUAAAGAAUGUAAAUCUCCCUUGAACCACACAAACACGCACACACAAGAAAAAGUAACGCACAAAACAUGUAUCCCUCACGUAUGAGGUUCCUUUUUGCUUGAAUAAAGCCUGGAACUUGUGUAAGUGUAGACUGUGCAAUAGGUCUGUAAAUAUGAAAUAAUAAAAGGCUGUUCUAUGCAA